AUGCAUAUUUUGAGCUCAGUACAUUCUUUGACUUUGUCUCUGAGUCGAGUACUUCAGUCCGAAAACCAGGAUCUUGGCGAGGCUAUCGAACUGGCUGAUGCUGCGAAACAAGUCCUGCUUGAAAGAAGAGAAAACGCCGAAAAGGACUUCAGAGGAAUUUUCAAAACCGUGAGCGAAAUCAGCGCAAAAUACGACAUCGAACUGCGGAAACCAAGGCUCGCGUCAAAACAGACUCAACGCUCCAACGUACAAACUGAUUCAGUUCAAGAUUAUUUUCGCAUAACGAUUUACAUCCCAUACAUUGAUUUGUUUCUGACCCAUAUACAAGAUCGAUUUUUGAAUCACCGCAAAAUUUUAUCAAACUUUGCUUGCCUCUUCCCCAACAAAAUGAAGAAUUUCAAUGAAGAAUCCUGCGCUCAACUGUUUGAACCAUACUCUUCAAUUUUGCGGGAUGAUUCCCGUGACAUCUGGGUAGACGAAGUCAAACUUUGGCGUCAACGCAUCGCCGGAAAGAACGUUAAAAAUUCGCUUGAAGCACUCGAUGUGUGCAAUGGAGAUGCGUUUCCAAAUGUACAUCAAAUGCUUCGCAUUUUGGCAGUUCUGCCUGUAACGACAGCAACGAAUGAACGCUCCUUUUCAACAUUGCGUCGCCUCAAGACUUACCUCAGGUCAACAAUGUCUGAAGAUCGGCUGAACGGAUUAGCUUCGCUCAAUAUACAUCGCGAUGUCGAGGUCGAUCCGCAAAGAGUUUUGGAGAAGUUUUUUUCUACACCUCGCAGAGUUAAUUUAUUAUAUAAUAACUGA